AAUGGCCGCGAAAUGGAAACAUCGUCAAGUCAAGAUAAAUAAUAUCUUACUUUACAAUGGUUAGAAUAAACGUUGAUAGAUUUUUAUACGCGUGCACACUAUUUAUCUAUAAUCUCAUACAUUCUGUAAUUUAUUUAAUACAACACUAUAUCGAGAGAUUAGUAAAUGAUUGGAAUAAGAAAUAUGGAUCCGUCAAGAUUGUGCAUCGUAGUGAGAACUUUUUAGUGAUCAAUAAGCCUUACGAUAUGUAUAUAAAUAGUAAUAAUCCUGACAGAAAGAAUACUGUCCAAUUAGAAUUGCGAAAAAUGCUACCAGACUUGGUUAACUCAAAAUUGCGCCACGAAUUUUAUUUUGUGCAUCGAUUGGAUUAUCCCACAAGUGGUAUCAUGUGCAUAGCCUUAAAUAAAAAGGCAGCCAGAGCAGCAUCAUCUGCUUUUGAAAAUCAAAAAGUACAAAAAUUCUACUUAGCAUUGGUACAUGGUCAUAUACAUGAACCUCACAUCAUAAUCGAUAAGCCUAUUGGUGAUGAUGUCCGUGAAAAAAAUGGCAAUCAUAAAAUGUGUACAAAUGACAGUAUUUUUUGUGAAAAGCCACGUAACUCUUACACAGUACUAGUAGUGUUAGAACAUGGAUUUUGGAAAAAUAAACCUGCUACUAAAAUAUUACUAGCACCUACCACAGGUAGACGGCAUCAAUUAAGAGUACACUGUCAUUAUAUUGGCCAUACAGUUAUAGGAGAUUAUACAUACAGUGAUGGCAAAGAUAUACAGCCUCGUAGAACCUAUCUUCAUUCUCUCAGAUUAAUAUUAAACUGUGAUAUUGAAAAUAUAGAUGUAAAAACAGUAGAUCCAUUUAAUGCUUCAAUAUUGUCUGAUUAUAAAACGACAAAUGUAAUAAAAAUCUUGGAUGAAAAUAUAUUUCACGAUAUAAGUAAAUCAAUAGAAUAAAAUUGAGAAGAAUUUUUGUUAUAUACGGUGCGCAGAUUUAUUGAAUCACUUUGACUCCAGAUUUGUUCACUAUGAAUUGAAAAGUAAUUCUUGGCAAGUGCGAAGCUAACAUUAUACAAGCAUAUCGCGCGAAAUUUCUUCUGUAAAAAUAUAUAGAAGAAGUGAUCAUGCUUGACCAAGUAAAUCCUAAAGAUGGUUGUUCAAUCGCAUCUUCAGAAAUAAUAAUGUGAUUAUCUAUAACUGCAGAAACCUAGAAAUGUAUAAAAAUUAAAUUUGACAUUUACA